CAUCAACAUCCACCUACCCUCGCUCAUCGCAACAAUCAACAACACAAUAUCCCACUGUUCAAUAUACCUCAGUCCAGCUCAAUUCUAUCCGAGUCACCACAGACCACCCCACAAUGUCAAAUCUCCCAGAACAACAAAACCAACAACCCUCACCAACCGACCCCCUCCCCCGCACCUCGACCCCAAAACCUACCCACGCACCAUAACCGACCCCACGCUGAACAUCCACCUCACCCUAACCUACAGCCCUCUCGAUCCCUCCAAGGUCCUCGCACACGUAUCUUCCCCCCAAGCAGGCGCCAACGUCCUCUUCCUCGGCACAACGCGAGACACCUUCGAAGACCGCCCCGUCGCGCAGCUCAGCUACACAAGCUACCCGCCCCUCGCUCUGAAGUCCAUGCGGCGCAUCGCGGAGGACGCCGUGCGCGCACACAACCUGACAGGCCUGGUCAUCGAGCAUCGACUAGGCGUGGUGCCCGUGGGGGAGUCGUCGAUUGCGAUUGCGGUUAGCUCGGGACAUCGGGUUGCGGCUUGGAGGGCGGGGGAGGAGGUGCUGGAACGGUGUAAGGAGGGGGUGGAGAUUUGGAAGAGGGAGGAGUUUGUUGAUGGGGGGGUUGUUGGAGGGAGAAUAGGGAGAGGGAUGGGGGGGGAAUCUUGUUGCUUCUAG